AUGUCUGAAAAUAUAGAGCACCACGUCAGCUUAGAGCUUAAGCUGAAGAAAGAGUUAAUGAUGCAGUAUAGGGGUCUAUUUGACCCUAUCCAAUCAAAAGUAAUUUCCGCUGCAGGCGGCAAAUCCUAUAACGAAUUAAGAAAAAUACAAGCUUGCGUAAAGCAAGCAUUACGAAUUAAUACCAAGAGAGUGAACUGGAGAACUCGUGAUGGUAUAUUGCUCUGGUUUUGCGAAAACUGGUCUCAAAUUGCACCAUUUUUAGAAACCCUAAAAUCUCAGCCGAGCAAAGCGAGUUCCCAAAUAAAUUCUCUUUCUGAAGUUUCUUCUCAAAUGAAGGACUAUCAGAUAAAUCUUGCGGAAGACUACUUUUGUAGCUUCAUUGAUGAUGAUUCACAAUGCGAAGUGAUGACUCCUGAAGUAACAGAAGCAGUUAAUGUUUGA